AUGACCUUCUUGUGUUUAUUUCUAGUUGUGUUUAAUCUUCACACUGUGUCUUUUGCACGUCCAUCAUCCUGGUGUAACGUGAUGUCACCACCCGGACCCGUUCCAGCCAACGUGAAAUAUUUCAACACCAAAAGUCGUUAUGAAGAGGUGAACCCUCAUCUCAAAUCUGAUAUUUUGGCCAUCAAUGAGUCCUGGGUGAAACCUCCAUCUCCAGAAUGUCGAGCCGUCCACCUGAGCACCAUCAUCAGACACGGAACCCGGUACCCCACCUCAGGGAACAUCAAGAAGAUGAUCCGGGUCUCCAAGAUGGUGCAGAGCCAAGCUGAUCUGAGCUGCAUCAAGGAGCUCCAGAGCUGGAAGAUGUGGUAUAAGGAGAUCAUGGAUGGACGGCUGGUGGACAAAGGACGCUCAGAUCAUCGUCAUUUGGCUCAGAGGCUGGUUAAAUCAUUCCCAAAGCUGAUAACGAAGGCGAACAUCGAAGAGGGACGAGUGAAGUUCAUCACCAGCUCCAAGCACAGAUGUAUCAACAGCACUCUGGCUUUCCAACUCGGACUCUUGGAGGGUCUCGGCAUUAAAGAUGUGGAUCUGCCGCACACCAUUAACGAUGAUUUGAUGCGUUUUUUCGAUAAAUGUCGGCGUUUGCUGGAGACGGUGGAGAACAACAAAGAUGCUACGAUGGAGGUAGAACUUUUUAAGAAUGGCCCUGAGAUGAAGAGAGCUCAGGAGAAACUCGCUGAUCGAUUACAGCUUCCUUACAGCAAUGUCACUGCAGACUUUGUGGAGACGGUGUUUUAUCUGUGUGCGUACGAGUUCACCAUCCUCAGCGUGAAUUCACCCUGGUGUUGGUUACUCGACGAAGCAGAUGGACAGGUACUGGAGUACGCUGGGGAUCUGAAGCAGUUUUGGAAACGUGGGUUUGGUCACGACAUUAACAGGAAAUCAAGCUGCGUUCUCUUCCACGAUCUGUUCAAACGCCUCGACACAGUGGCCAGUCAGAUCAAGUCGGGUGGGCAUGUCUCCGAGGUGGUCAUGGUGCAGGUGGGCCACGCUGAGACGUUACUGCCUCUGCUCACACUGUUGGACCUGUUUAAAGACAGUGUUCCUCUCAACUCUUCCAACUUUGCCUCUCACCGUGGGCGAGUGUUCCGUACCGGUCUGAUUGUACCAUAUGCCGCCAACCUGCUGAUGGCACUGUUUGACUGCCCUGACGGACUCCGGCUGCAGGCACGGCUCAACGAGCAACCUUUGACCCUUCCGGGCCUCGAUGACCUUUCACCUCUGUACCAGGAUGUGAGAAAACGAUAUGAAAAGCUGCUGCAGGGAUGCAACCAGGAUGCGGUGUGCAUGAUGGACAGCUAA